AUGACCGAUAUACAUAAGUUUUUUGUACCUCAUAAGCGAAUGAAAACUACAAAUGAAAAUGGAGGUGUCGAAGAAGAUACUGUCUAUGAUCAGGUAUCACAGGAAAAGGGUGAGUCAAACGCAACCAUCACUAUUAAAAAUUCCUGUAGUUGUGCUGAUGGAGAAAAUGAAGACGAAGCCAGUACCUCUGCUGGCUUCAAGUGCAUUGAUGAAAAGGGUAGUGGUAUCCUGGUCAGUAUUCCCGAUGUCGGAAAUUACAUUGAGAAAAAGGAUAUUGACAAUUGCCUAAAGUAUAAGAUUUUAUUGAAUCCAUGGCAACCUGAAAAAAGUUAUAAUUUUAAGAAUGACAUAAACAGCACAAAAAGAACAUUUCGACCAGACUGGCUGUCAUUAUAUCCGUGGCUGGUCUAUUCUAAAGCAGUUAAAUGUGCCCUCUGCAAGUUUUGUGUGCUUUUCCGCCCACGCAUAACGCAUGGUAGUCAUCAUGGCGCAUUCAUAAGCCGCCCAUUCACAAAUUUCAAAAAGUUCCAUGAAUGUGUAAAAAUGCAUAUGAAUUCCGAGUGGCAUAAAGAUGCAAUAGAAAAGUCAAAUAAUUUCAUUAGUGUUGUGACAAACAAAACUAAAAGUGUGGAAGAACUCGCCUACGAGAAUCUUGCGAAAUUAGGACAAACUAAUCGUGUAAAGUUAAAAUCAGUUGUUUCUUGUGUAUUGUUUUGUGCAUUACAUGACUUACCUUUAAGAGGAAAAACAAAUUCAAAUGCUGUAUUUGAUGAUUUGUUACAAUUUAGAGUACAGUCAGGGGACGAAACAUUGCGGAAACGUUUUGAGGGUGCGCCUAAAAAUGCUACCUAUGUUUCUCAUAGAACCCAAAAUGAUUUAAUUGACGUAUGCGCCGAGGUACUAAGAAAUGAUUUGAUUAACACUAUCAAAAACAGCGAAUCAUUUUCAGUUUUGGCAGACGAAACAAUGGAUAUUGCAGGCACAGAACAACUUUCUCUUUCUGCAUGUUAUUUUGACCUUGCAACUAAUGUUGUCAGAGAAGACUUCCUUGGAUUCACACCAUUAGCAAGGUUAGAUGCAAAACAUAUCUCCAACACAAUAAUAUCUACUUUACCUGCUUGGGGUUUAAAUCUAGAUAAAAUGGUAGGACAAGGCUAUGAUGGGUGCAGUAUGAUGGCCGGUAACAUUGGAGGAGUACAGAAGAUAAUUGCUGAGAAAUAUCCCAAGGCUCGCUUCUAUCAUUGUGCUAUCCAUAGACUUAAUUUAGUUGUGAAUGAUUUGGACACCUUACCAGAGGUUAGAAACGCCAUUGUAUUAGCAAUUUUACAUAAAAAAAGAGAUCGUGAAACUAGGCAGAAAGUCUGGCAACUUUACUGCACACUUACUUCUCAGACAUUUAUUGUUACAUUAAAAGUCAUAGCAAAAUAUUCAGCCAAACUAGAACCUGUCACCAAUAUCCUACAAUCAGUAAACAUUAACUUGUUAGAAGUUUCAGAAUACAUUCAAGGAAUUGAAAAAUGUUAUUGGAUGACAGAGAAAAUGCGGAAGCCGAGUUUGAAAUGA